CCAAAUCCUCAUUCUCUCUACAAAAACUUUCCCCUCUCUCUGUCUCUCUCCCCUGACACACAUAAUAGGUUUUCAGUUUUCGCCAUUUUUUCUUCAGAGUACAAGUUCAAUGCCAGACUUAGGCAAUAUCUCUCUCUCCCUCACCCGCUGCUCUACUCUCAAACCUCUAUCUCCUUUUCCUGCUGAUACCAAUUUGGAUUUGGAUUUGGAUUUGGAUUUCGGUUUUUCCCCUUCUCUCUGUUCUGCCCACGUCAAAACCCUAGUCAAUGACUGCAAUUGGGAUCAGAAACUUAGACUUCCCAUUAAUGACUCCUGCAAUGGUGGCUCUAUUGGGGUCUUGAGGAGGAGCCGCGGAUGUGCCAAGAAAGGACCUAGUGGUAAAUGCCUGAAUGACUACGUUAGGGCUUGGGUCCAGAAGAAGAUGGAUUCUGGCGUCCCGCAGUCUCGCUGCUUCCUUCCUUUUCUCGUUGGGUCAAAGAAAAUUGCUGAAUGUCUAGUUUGCCAUGGUUUUAUCUUCCCUGGGGAAGAGGUCUUAUGCACUGUUCGUACUUGUGAAGGAGUUUAUCACUUGCAAUGUGUGAAGGAAGGGCUUGGUUUCUCAAAUUCGGGAAAAUUUAAGUGUCCACAGCAUGCAUGCUUCAUUUGCAAACAGAAAUUUCAUUGGCGGUGUGUGAGAUGCUCUGUGGCAUCACAUGAUAAAUGUGGUCCAUGGCCAGAUAAAGUGAUUCAUUUGAUAAACCAACAAGGACGGGCAAUAUGUUGGAGACAUCCAACUAAUUGGCGACUAGAUAAGAAGCAUAUAGUUCCAACAAGUGAUAUAGAGGAGGUAUUUUGUCGAUUGCCUCUACCUUACGUUGAUGAGGAAUUCAAGAUUGACUUAACAUGGAAAGGCAUGAUGGAGAAUAAACUAGAGCCACCUCCAUAUGUUCAUAUUAGACGCAAUGUUUAUCUAGUCAAGAAAAAGCGUGAUGAUGCUCAUAAUGAUGUAGGAUGCACAAAUUGCACUUCUACAUGCUGUGCGGAUUGUGUGUGCAGGGUUCAAUGCAUUAGCUGCUCAAAGGCAUGCCGUUGCCCUGAAAAUUGCACCAACAGGCCAUUUCGCAAAGAGAAAAAGAUUAAAAUUGUCAAGACUGAAUUUUGUGGUUGGGGAGUGGAGGCAGCUGAACCAAUAAGCAAAGGCGAUUUUAUAAUUGAGUAUAUUGGGGAAGUGAUUGAUGAUGCACUGUGCGAACAAAGGCUUUGGGACAUGAAAUACAAAGGUGUACAGAACUUUUACAUGUGCGAAAUUCGAAAGGACUUCACAAUUGAUGCAACUUUUAAGGGGAAUACAUCUCGAUUUCUAAAUCACAGUUGCAAUCCCAACUGCAUACUGGAAAAGUGGCAGGUCGAGGGAGAGACACGAGUGGGUGUGUUUGCUGCUCGUUCAAUAAAAGUUGGGGACCCAUUGACAUAUGAUUACAGAUUUGUGCAAUUUGGACCAGAGGUGAAGUGCCACUGUGGUGCUCCAAACUGUCAUGGUUAUCUUGGAAUCAAAAGAAAGAUCGGUAAGUUAAACAUCUGCUGGGGUGCAAAACGCCGGAGAUCAUCAACUUCUUGCUUAGCUGUUGUAACUGUAUGAUCUGUGGUGGCAGACCAUCUCCAGUGAUGUUGUACAUUUUUCUAUAAUGACGUAUGGUCAAAGUGGAAGUAAAACUACACAAAUCUCUGUUAUACCAUUCAAGCGUAAAACAUUCAUAGGAAAAUGUAAUUUUUUUUUCAUAUUAACUGUUCCUUAGAUUUCCCUUCUAAUUUGCAUGGGUUUUUAACGUUGUAAGGGUGCAUGUAAUUGAUUUCCCAAGUGGGGUUACCAGGAUGUAAUUCACAGUUCUCUUUUUAUGGGUAAUACAAGAUUCGGAA